UCUUUGUCCUCACCCCGCAGCACAGUGCACAACUGGAGAAGGACACGGGCUCCUCGCAGGGAAGAAGAACUGAAUGGCUUGAUAUUAGAGCGGGAGGGAUUUCUUUUUAUAAAGAGAAAACUAGAAGGAAAAGCUCUCGAAAUAAGCGACAACUUUGAGGAGCCGUCGGGCGAAAGCAGAGGACCUAAAAUCACAAGGUGUAACUGCAGGAUUCCGCAGAUGAAGGAUAAUGACAAUGGAGGUCACUGUGAGCAGUAAAUAGGCAAACAUCAUAAAAGCAGUUUGAGAGGUUCCCUCCUGUUCCAGAGAAAAAAUGAGCUGGAGCUUCCUUACACGUCUGUUGGACGAGAUUUCCAACCAUUCCACCUUCGUGGGCAAAAUCUGGCUCACCCUACUCAUUGUCUUUCGCAUCGUGCUGACAGCUGUCGGGGGCGAGUCAAUAUACUAUGAUGAACAGAGUAAAUUUGUGUGUAACACACAGCAGCCUGGUUGUGAGAAUGUGUGCUAUGAUGCAUUUGCGCCGUUAUCACACAUUCGCUUCUGGGUGUUUCAGGUGAUUAUGAUCACCACCCCCACCAUCAUGUAUCUUGGCUUUGCUAUGCAUAAGAUCGCCCGCAUGGAGGACGAUGACUACCGGCCCCGGGGCAGGAAGAGGAUGCCGAUAGUGAGCCGUGGUGCUAACAGGGACUACGAGGAAGCAGAGGAUAAUGGGGAGGAGGACCCCAUGAUUCUGGAAGAGAUUGAGCCAGAAAAGGAAAAGGAAGUCGUGGAGAAGCCCAGCAAAAAGCAUGAUGGACGCCGUCGCAUCAAGCGUGAUGGCCUGAUGAAGGUUUACGUGUUUCAGCUGCUGUCACGUGCCAUCUUUGAGGCCUCGUUCCUGUUUGGACAGUACGUCCUUUAUGGGCUGGAAGUGGUACCGUCGUAUGUAUGCACACGCUCUCCUUGCCCGCACACAGUGGAUUGCUUCGUCUCGCGUCCUACGGAGAAAACAAUCUUCCUGCUCAUCAUGUAUGCGGUCAGCGCCUUGUGUCUGCUCUUCACCAUGUUGGAGAUCCUUCACCUUGGCAUCAGCGGUAUUCGAGACUGCUUUUGCGCACCGCGGCCUCGGCCUCCGACCCCCCGUCACGCAGCUCUGGCCAGCCAGAGAUCCUCCAUCUGCCGCCAGCCCUCUGCACCUCCAGGCUACCACACAGCUCUGAAGAAGGACCCAUCAGGAAAGAUGGGCUUCAAGGAUAACCUGGGAGACUCGGGUCGCGAGUCGUUCGGGGACGAGGCUUCAUCAAGGGAGCUGGAGAGGCUGCGUAGACACCUAAAACUGGCCCAACAGCAUCUGGAUAUGGCUUACCAGAAUGAGGAGGGCAGCCCGUCACGCAGCAACAGCCCGGAGUCCAACGGCACCGCAGUUGAGCAGAACAGACUAAACUUUGCCCAGGAGAAGCAGAGCAGUACAUGUGAGAAAGGUCUCCGUGCAUAGGUUCUCAUCAGCCCAGCUGACACUGUAGAUUUCAAUUCACAUCAGGAUUAGUGAGGGGACAUAAGGGAAUCAAAGUGUGUGUGUGUGUGUGUGUGUGUGUGUGAGACGUGAAUUUGCUUAAGGUGGAUGAAGUCAGCCCAAGCCUUCCAGUGUUACGGCCAGCCGUGGAGCAUCGAGUCAAACGAGGAGGAGAAUGGUCAUCUCAACCCAGCAAUACGUGAGACACCAGGUUGUCUGAAGAUCCAAAGUGCUUACAAACUACCGUCGUGCAGCAAGAAUGGUUAAGGAUAACAUGUACUUCUCCCUCAGGGCAGCUAUUUGUUUUUUUGUUAUUUUUAUUAUUAUGAGAUUUAGAGCUAUUAGUCAGUUUGUCUUCUGUUGGAAGUUCACAGUGAGUGCAUCUCAAGUUUGCCUUAGACCUAAACUGGGACUCUGUUUUUAUGGCAUUUUGUUAAGGUUAGGCCAAGCCAGUUGUAGUACAAAAAACAUGUUUAAACUGUAACAAUCUUUUACUUUUAUUGAGGAAGUGAAGCAGUGAGCGAAUGCUUCUAGAUGCGAACAAAAGGUUAAUGGACAAGGUGCCAUUCAUAAAAGAAAGGUACUAGAGUUAUUGUCAUGCUGAUGAAGACUUUUUGAGGUGUUAAUUUUCACACAAAGGUUUCUUUCAAGUGUGUCAUUUAUUUUUUUAAACCGUUUUGACAAUGUUGGCACUGCGCCAGUCAACAUUUCUAAGCCUGGCGCCUCAGUGGUAACUGGAACACACUUGGGGUGCCUUUGUCCAAAGGAAUAAACAAACCUGGGUAAUGCUUGAAAAACAUGUAACUCUUGAUAUUGUCUUGUAUUGUUUAAACGUGUAUUUGAUACUGUUCUUUAUUUUUGUAUGAGUUUUGAGUAUUGUGGUAUUGAAAAGAGGCUCUUGUCACUGUGGGGUUUUUUAAUUGGAAAAGAAUGACAUUCACUGCUGUCUUAGCUCCCUGAAGCCCAAUUCAAUCAAUGGUACAAUUUGAGUUCAAGUGCAACAGUUUGUUUAUUUAAAAUCAUUUUUUAUUAUUUACACAUUGUCUUUGACCAGCAAACAUUCCCUUUUUCUGUACGGACCCAAAUUUAAUCUGUUAAAUAAGGGAUAAUACUGUCAUGUUCAUGCUCUGUCAGAUUUUUUGAUUAUUUUUUUAUCACUGUUCCAGAAUCUCAAUGAGGGUUGUAAAACAAUGUAAUCAUUUCAAUGUGAAUUCAAUGCCUUGAAUGCACUCUACUAAGAUGCCAUCUUUUGUAUUCUGAAUCAUAUCCACAGUGCCAUUAAUGCCAACUCAAAUAUUGUCAUCUCAAGUUAUUUUUGAGCAAUGCUUUUUGUACUUUUUAAUACUUUUUGUAUUGAUGAUACUUUGUGGGUAGUUUUUAAAAUAAAUUUAAAGUUUUCCAUAAA